AUGAAACUACUUGUUAGUAGUUUAGUGAUUUUUAUCUUCAUCAACAAUGUCUUGACGGUACCAGUUGUCAAACAACCUGAGGAAACGAGAUGUUUAAUUCCUAAGCCAAUUCUCGACGCGAUUCAUAAAGGGUUAUCGGACAUUUCAAAGUCAAACGACAUCAUCGAAAUAUCAGGAUUAGAUAAAAUUGAUACACAAUGUAAGCAAGAUGUUGGAAAAAUCGUCAGUACUUUAGAAAAGCUUGCUGAGGACUAUAAGGAAUUAUCAAGCGCAAAAAUAAGUGACGAUGAUAUGGAGAAAUUGAAACAAAACUUUUUUGAUAUGGUCAACCAGCUUACGAAGCAGAAGGAUGUCUUCAGUAGAGAAAACGAAAAAUCAAGCAUUCAAGAAACGGGAAUCUUGCAAGAGAACGUUCAUAAUCUGAGAUUGAAAAUUGUUGGUUUGCAGGAAGAAAUCCAGGAAAAAGUAGAAACAUAUUGGUUAAACAUUUUUGAGCUGAUUUCAAUUACGCAUGAUGGAAAAAAUGCCAACCGCAAAAACUAUCUAGCCGAAAUCAGUAAUAAUCGGUUGCGAGAAUUCAUAAGUUAUCUGGUCCAAAACUACAAGCAAGGAACACUUAAAAGCUCAUUGGACGAUCUAGUUGCAGGAAGCUCAAUGAACAGAAUUCUAACAGCUCUGUCGUUUAAUUUACGAUCCUUCGCCUGGGAAGAAGAUCAGCGCAAAAUAAACUCUCAACUGCUCCUUCUGGAAGUUCUUUGUUGGUUGGCAUCUGAUCCAGGGCUCAAAAACAAUCUGUCUUCCUAUCGAUGGACUUUGCAGGGAGCUGCUCAACCACUAUUUUCCGGAAUUCGAGGAAGAGCUUUGAGCAGUUUUCUACAGGAAAACCAAAACUGUGACACUAUAUUGUUAUCAAAACUGAACAACUUGUUAUAGAUGGUAACACCUUUUAGAUAUGUCAACUUCCCC